AUCUGAACAUUUUGCAGGGUGGCAGCCUUGUAGAUUGUGGAAUUAAAAAAAAUACCAACACAGUACUAACAACGCAAUUCUUGUCGAUAAAAACAUUUUAUAUAUUCACUUCAAUAAAUUAAAAAAAAUAAUUAUUAUUUAGUGUGCAAAUUUAAACAGAUUUAAGCACCAUCAUUUGGUUUGGGAUAGUCUGACGUCAUAUUCAGAGGAAAAAUGAAAACAAUCGUUUCCGCUGCUACCGCUGCUGCUUUAUCAAGCAACACGAACAGUACCAGUGUUAACGCCGCACCGAUAGUACCCAAAACGGAGCCAGAAGCAAUUGGCACUGAAGAAUCGAUGGAAUUUCCAACACCCAAUAGCAAUUCAACAGUAAACGUGAAUAAACGUCCAGCAUUUUUGGACCUCAACAAAUCAGCGAAAAAUAAGCGGGUCAUAGCGCCUUUAUUGAUUGAUUCGCCUGAUAUGCAGGGAAAAACACUUAAUACACCAGACUUGGAGAAAAUCUUGCUGUCCAGCAAUCUGUUGCAAACCCCUCAGCCGGGUACAGUGUUCCCAACAAAAGUAGGACCAAUCACCUCGGAGCAGGAAGCAUUUGGCAAGGGAUUUGAGGAGGCACUGAAGAAUCUGCAUACCAGCAACAACACUCAAGCGUUUCUGGGUAACGCCAACCCAACUGCUGCUGUCAACAAUCCAACAACAGUGGCGAACACCAUGACAGCCGUUAACAAUGGCAUCAGUGGUGGUACAAUCAUCUACAACUCCGUGGAUCACUUUCCAGUUAUCAAGGAUGAGCCACAAAAUUCCGCUGCCUCGCCAACUGUCAGUCCCAUUGAUAUGGCUGACCAGGAGAAGAUCAAGCUGGAGCGCAAGCGUCAACGGAAUCGUGUUGCUGCCUCGAAAUGUCGCAAGCGUAAGCUGGAGCGCAUUUCAAAGCUGGAGGACCGUGUGAAAAUGCUAAAGGGCGAGAACACAGACUUGGGGGGAAUCGUGAAAAGUCUGAAGGAUCAUGUGGCACAGCUGAAGCAACAGGUUAUGGAGCACAUGGAAGCUGGCUGCACCGUUCAAGCGAUUCCCAAUUCGUCUUUGCUUACGGGCAAAUAACAUAGGGCUAUCACUGAGGAGACUGUGCAGCAGUAUAUGUCGAGCUUACUACCAGACGACAAUUUUACGGAAGCAGAGACAGAAGACCAGCAAGACCAGGAAAUUGAGGACACUAUCGAAACGGCCGUAGAUGAGGAAAGUGGUGAAGUGCUUCUAUCAGCUGUGGCCUUGGAGCAGGAAAUCUCACUAGAACUCUUGCUGAAUGCAUCAUCCACCACUUUCGAUUUGGAUACUCUACCAAACAAUCAUGUUGUGAUUGACGCAAUAGACCAACUGACGGACUGCAGUGAGUCCACGAGCUGAAUAACAACAUCAAUUUAGCUUGGAGUGCCUUUAAAUUAUAGAAAAUACCAAUAGAAAACAUUGCUUUCUGCUUAAGCCUUGAUUAUACUAAUGUGCAAUGCCUUAUUUGCUAAAGUUCUUUUAAUUGCUUUUGAAAAGUGAUUUUUAUUUAGUUCUAGAUGUACAUAAACGCAUAUAUGUACUUAUAUGUGUAGUUAUAAGAUCAAGUAUUAUUAUACGUGUUGAUUGUAAGAAAAUAUAUUUGCUACAAAUCUA